UGCCUACUUCUAGCGGGCGGCAUGGACGGGAGUAGUCACCUCGUCUCCAUCGAUGGCGGCCACGGUGGUGAUGCCGGUGAUGGUAGCGACGGUGAUGAUGGCGAGGAGACGAACGGGGUGGCGUUGUUGGCCUCCAUGAAGAACCACGCCAAAUACGUCGUCGUUUGCAGGUGGGCACCUGACGGCAGAGCUUUCGUGACGGCCUCCCACGACAAGGUGGUGACCCUGUACACCUUGAGGGGCGGGGGGGACGGGACGGGGCAGGGCGGCGUCGGCGGCACGGGUUUUGAGCAGGCGACCCAGCUGUAUUUUCCCGAGGCGGUAGAGAGCGUGGAGUUCGUAAGGGGAGAAGGCGGUGCGCUGGAGCUGGUGGUGUCGGCCAGGGCGCAGCCGCACCUCACGUACGUCAACAUCGAGACCCUCCAACAGCGCCGAGUGAGCCUGAACGAGAAGGAGUGGGAUACCCACGUGUCCUUCACGGUGAUGUCCAUGGCGGCCUCUGGGGACGGGAAGUACCUCCUCGCCGCCACCGACAAAAGCAGAAACAUCCUCUGGCGGGCGGGAAGCAACGCCCGGGUCCGCACCCUGAUGGGCCACACGACGGACGACUACUUCCAGCCGCGGGUGCAGUGGGACCCCUCCGGACUGUUCUCCUACUGCAACAGCUCUGGGGAUCACGACGUUCACGUUCACUGCCUAGCCUCCGGCCGCGCCGUGGAGCAGCUCAAGGGGCACCGUGCCGUCAUACGUGACAUCCACCACGACCCUUCUAGAAGAGUUCUCGUUACGGCUUCCUACGACAAGACUGUCAAAGUCUGGGGGGAGAGAUGAGGGGUCGGCUCUAGCGAGAACGGCAGUUAUCUUGGGGGGGGGAAUAUCGAUGAAGACUGCUCAAGAUGGCGGAAACUUUAUCGUACGUGCACGCCGGAUGUCGCCUUAGCUACCGAAGAUUCGCUUUGGGGUCACGGGGCUCGUGUGCAAGGAAUAAUAAGAACACCUUUCGACAUGUUCAUGUGUGGACUCGUUGUAAGAUUGUUUUCACCCCGAAGUUGUGCGAGCCAAGAGAAACCACUGAGACACAAUGGCUACGGUUCUUUCCCUCCCCCGGAAUACUCACGACCCCUGUGCUAGAUAGGGUGGGUAAUGAGCCGCGGGUGACGACUCAAUAACUCGCAGUAGUCUAUCUGCGAUGCUGUGCGAUGUUGUUGUUCCGAUCAUGGAAGUGCAGCAGAAGGAGGAGCCCCGCUCACAACAGAGAGAAAAGGAGCGCGCAGGAUUGGUUGGUGGUUUGGAGUGUUGGGAGUGUGGGAUAUGCAGGCUUGUGCGACGAGGAAAAUGAGCAGCGCUUGUUUGUACACAUAGACUACAUGUUGCAU